AUGCUAGCCCGUAAUUUAUUAUCCAGAGCUAUAUUGCUUAGAUCACUUAAGAAUGCAGCCGCUAAUACUAAACAAAUAACAAGAAACUCUGGCCAUGGAACCUGGUCGUACCGAGUGCCUCCACCAAUGCCAUCAAAUAAAACCAUAUAUCUAGCUGAAGUACUCGGGGGAAUCUGCUGGUGGUGGAUUCUCUAUCAUCUCGCUACUGAGCCCGAACAUGUUUAUGGAGAAUGGCCAUAUGUAAGCCCAGAAACAUGGACAGAUGAAGAAUUAGGCAUUCCUCCUGAUUCCGCAGGGCCAUUGAAGAAGUAA